GCGAUACUUGCAAGAUAUAUCAGUCUUAAAAUGCCCAUCAUAAACACUUGAUUGAAUCCAUGUCUCUGGGCUCGUCAUUGGCCGAAUACUACGAACUUCCUCAAUGUUGCUUUCGCCUUACUUCUGGAGCUCUCUAUCAAUUCGGUGACACUGUAAACAAUGUCUUCCACCGUGGAUCAAGAUGGCCUCAGCGAAUCUUUGCUUGCAUUUGUCGCGAGCGGCAAGUACCCCGAGUCCGAAAAUGUUGUAUCUGCCAAUAUUGCCCUUGAUUUCCUACCAAAGGGAUUACAGGGUAUUUCGGUGGCCCGGGCACAGGUAGAGGAUGAAAUCAAUUCCCUCAGCCGAGCUACAGCUUCAGACGUUGAUGGAUGGAUGUCUCAAGCUCGCCAGCUGCGUGCAGAUAUUGAGCGAUCUCGAGAAACUGCACGUAAUAUUGUCGCCGAACACGAGCGAACCCUACCUCUGCGAGCCCGAGUUACAGACGCUGCCGCGAAAGUUCUGCUUAUGAAUACCGAACUUGCUUUUAAUGAAGGGGUUACACAUGUUUUGGAAGAAAUACAGAAGUUUUCUGCCCAUAUCUCCAAUGGUCGGAAAGCUGUCAAAGAGGAACAGAUCAAUGAAUCUAUCACAUCUCUUGAAGCAGCGGAGAAUUCCUUUAAAAUCUCCAAUUUGUCGAGAUAUAGCAACGUUGAAGGUUUGUUGAAAGGAAGGUUAUCAUCUCUGCGGGAUUCCAUUUCAAAUUUGCUCCUCUCAUGCUGGGAUCGUCAGGUGCGCCUAAGCAAGAAUGCGCUGGAAAUCCGUCCACACUAUGAGAAAGGGCAAGCAAACCUAUCAACUCUAAUAACGUCGUUAUCACGUCUUGGCAUGCUUAACUCUGUAACUACUUCGUUUCAGCAUGGGCUUCUGGAAAACAUAAUCCAGCCAAUCCUCAUGCCGCAUAGUCAUGGACAGAGCAGUGGUGUUUCCGUGGAAAGCAAUGGCGUCCGUGUAGGAGAGACUUCAUCAUCCUCAUCAAUAUCCGAAGUGAUCGACAGGCUCCUUUCCGUCUUUCGAUAUCUGCAAGAAAAGUUACCAGAAUCAAUGUCAGCAUCGGUGGCCGAGACGAUUAUGCCAAAAACAUCAACCAUGCUGAGUGAGUAUUGGCUCACCCCUAAUAUACCCCUGAACCUGGAGGGUAUAGCAGAUUUCGAGAACACUUUGAUUCACGUGAGUGGAUUUUCUAAGGCAAUUGAGAGCCUUGGGUGGCAUGGUCAUGAAGAGCUCACUUCGUGGGUCAAUCAAUUUCCUCGACUAUGGCUCACCCGCCGGAGAGUGGAUUCCUUGGACCAAGUCCGUAGGAUUCUUGUUCAAAGUAAGGGUACUACAAAGGAGGCCGAGAGAGUCGAGAAAGAGGUUGUCACAAACAAAGAUGAUGUCUUAUUAGACACCGGUGUGACGGAUGACUGGGACGCUAAUUGGAGCAAUGAAAGUGAAGAAGAAGCUGAGCAGCCCGCUCAAGCUGCAGUCGCAAGCGAAGUUAAAGCGGAAGAUGAUGAUGAUGAUGUAGAUGCUUGGGGACUAGGAGACAAGGAGGAUGUUAUAAAGGCAAAUGAGGAUGAACACGACGAGGAUGCUUGGGGUUGGGGUGACGAAGGCGAGGAAGAGAAUGGCACUGAACUCCUGAAACCUAUCAGCGAACAAAAGCACCACCAAAAGCAAGAUGAGGCUCCAGCAAUGGAAAAGCGCCCGGGGGCUAAGGAGAUCAUAUUGACGGAGCAUUAUACGAUUACUGACAUCCCGGACUCGGUAAUUGCUCUGGUCCAACAACAAGUUACAGAUUCUUCAUUACUAACAACUCCAGAGUUCUCCUCCAGCCGAGUUUCAGCUUCAGGAAAUGGCCUAUUAGCGUUACCAACCUUGAUAAUAGCCAUGUUCAAAGCUAUUGCCUCAUCAUUCUACUCACUAAAACUGAAUGCGGGCAACAUCUACCUAUACAACGACAGCUUAUAUCUUGCCGAACAAGUCCACAACCUGGUCGAGAAGCAUCAGCUCACCAGACUUACAGCAGAUGUAGAAGGACUGGAACGAUUUGGGAAACUUUCUUAUAGCAGGGAAAUGCAGACACAGCGGACUAUUGUCACCGACUUGCUAGAUGGAAGCCAAGGCUUCGUCCAUUGUUCAGAGCAGCCCUUUUUACGAGAAUGCGAAAAUGCCAUCGAGGGAACAGUCGAUCGAAUACGCAGCGUUUUCAAGGAGUGGCAUCCAAUCUUGUCUCAUUCAGCACUUCUCCAAGCGAUGGGGUCUCUGCUGUCAUCAGUUAUCAACAAAGUGAUUAUAGACGUCGAGGACCUUUCCGAUAUUUCCGAAACAGAAUCUCAAGCUUUAGUCACUUUUUGCAACAAACUCUCGACGUUGGAAGACAUAUUCAUUCCCGAGUCGGGUGUUGGCGCAACUUCUAUGGCAGCGGUAUAUGUUCGAAACUGGUUGAAAUUUCAGUAUCUGAUAAAUAUACUGGAGAGUUCGUUAGCCGACAUCAAGUUUCUAUGGACUGAAGGAGAGCUCCAUUUGGAAUUUUCUGCCGAGGAGGUUGUUGAGUUGAUAACGGCGCUGUUUGCAGAAUCUGAUCAUCGACGAAGGACUAUUUCCGAGAUUAGGCGGACACACCGAUGACACGGAUUUACUUGAAGCCAAAUGAGCCUCGUCACUGGAUGAUAAUGAAUGAUAAUAUAGAAACAAGAUUUCCACAUGCAUUCGGGCUCCAGGAAGUAGAUAAUCAAGCAAUCAACUCAACAGGCUUUAAGAACCUGUCACCGCCAAGAAGCGUCACACCUCGCCUCAUAUCAUGCGGUCAUCUUUGAGCAACAGAGUCGCAAAUUGAGUAAUUCUCCAUGCUUAAAUUGAAGUCUUACUGGUGCAGAAGUCUAUAUCG